AUGGACUUAGCAGAAACUAUGAAAAACAUUGUUGCCAAAGGUAUGCAAACCGAAAUGGGACCACCAGGUGGAGGAUCUGGUUACCCUGGUACACCAAGUAGCGCUGGUUAUGUUACUGAAAAGAUGUAUAUGUUAUUACAAGCCUAUCUUCAAAAUAAAGGUUGGAAUCCAAGCAUCGAACUGCUGCAAUGUUUUUCUGAAUUCAAGGAUGCAUCUAUGAUACCAAGUGCUGCCUAUUUGCAGAUGAUGGCAUCAAGAAUAGCUUUGGACUCUCAGGGAAGGCUAGUGCUUAGGGAAAAUGGAAAAAUAAUAUUGCCCUAUGAACAUUUUGCAAAUGCUGUGAUGUUAAAGCAUAUGAAUGGUCCACAUGGUCUACAUUUGGGCUUAGAAGGGACAGUUAGAGCUGUUAUGGAAUCAUACACUAUCGGACGGGAAUGUUUUGGUAUGGAAAAAGAAUUUAUAAUAGAGGUGGUACAAAACUGUCCAAAUCCUGCUUGCCGUUAUUACAAAAAUCAACUCGAGUUAACUCAAAAAAUGGGACAUAUGGCACCAACUUACAUUCAAGAAAAUGAAACAACAGCUUCUCUCUUACGUAGUAGUUUUCCUCAUAACACAGAUUUUCAAGCAACAUUAAGCAGUGCUAAUCCAAAUACUCACAUGGGAGGAGGAUCAACAGCAGAUUUGGCAGAAAUGAGAGGUGCUGGGAACCAAAUGAAUCUUCAACGUCCUCCAAGCCGUCCAUCAUUAAAUAUUCCACAUAGACCUGUGUCACAAGAAAAAAAAGUAGCCACUGGGAAACAGCAUUAUGAAUCCUUAAUACCUAAUAUUCCAAUGUCUGAUCAUAAAUUAACAGACUUCUUAAGAACGAAUUUAGAUAAUUUGGACAAUCUUAGUGGGCUUGGUUUGGGAAAUUUACAAGGGAUAGGAAAUGCAAAUAAGGAUUUGUUAGCCUUACAUAACGGAGCUUGGCCAUUAGAAAAUGAGAAAGGAUCUCGGGCAUCUUCAAAUUCAGAAGGAGGACAAGAAAAAAUAGUAAGGGCUUUUGCAGAAGUUAUGAAGAACAUGGCAAGGAUGAAAGCUUGUGUACGUCCUGCAAUGUGCAAGCCAUACGGAAAACAAUCAGAAGCUUUGCAAAAAACGCUGGUGGAUACAAUACAGCUUGUACAGUCGCUAAGAAGUUUCCUGCCACCUCCACAUAUUCCUGUCUCAAGCUGGAAAAAUGAAGAUAAACAUCGAUUAGAUCAUACGGGUACUCCCUAUCUCCCAUCAUUAAAGACUGGAGGUUUAGAAGAGUUAUGCGAACAACGCAAGCUAGACUAAACAAAUGUCUUCGCUUUUUAAGCGGCAGACAAGGUUUUGUCUUUGCGCUCUAUGAUGUUCUAGUCAUGUGGUGUUUAUGGGUUAGAUGGGUGUUUUGUAUUUAAACAACCCGAAGGAUUGCUCAAAUGUUGUUGGCGUUUAGGACUUCAAAAUACUAAGAGACAAAACGAGUCAUGCGUGGACUGUGAUAAACGUGGGUAGCGAAGAAAAAAAUUUAUAUAUAGUCAAUCGAAUCUCCACACCGUUAUUUCAAAUUCGAACUAGCUUUAUUUCGUGUUGCUAUAAGUUUUUUUCGAAUUUUUAUAAUCUGCCUAUGGGGCUUACUUGGAAACUAUGGGGUAAGAUAAUUUUAAAUUAUCUAUCUCAUCAUGAAUAAUUUACAUAUUAUGAAUGUAUUAUAAAAUGGCAUUUAUAUUUUAUUGUUGUGCAUUGAUUUAAUAGCUCACCACUUGUGUUCCAAUGAUUACCUGAUCAACAUUGUAUUAUAAAGAUUCUUUGUUAUAUAAGUAAAUCUUUUGUACGUAUUGGACGUUUGGACAAAGUGUAAAGACUAAAUUCAGUCUUGCAUGUAAGUGUGAAAGGUUUGCUAAUUAGAUAUUGUUAUAAGUAUUUUAAAUACGAGAGUAUAAAUAAGCAAUUGCAAUUCUUGUUGUCGCUUGACCUCGCAUUAUUUAAUUUUUGAAUAUUUAUUAUAUAAUUAUUGGACUAUCGUUUCAAAUUAAAUAAUUAAAAUCACGACAAAAUUAUCUAGUUAAAAUAAAUAUUCAAUUUCUAUAUACUAUAUAUAUACAUUUUUUAAAAAUUAUACUUGUAUAAAUUAUUGUUUAUUUAUAAAAAUAGAUCACAAACAUAUAUUGUUGUUAUGUCUAGUAUUAUUAUCUGACAAGUUAAUGUUAAAACUUGCAAUAAUUUAUAAGCUCCAUGGGCAGUAACAUGCGGUGUGCACGUAUAAAAAAAUAAAUCAUUGGUCAAUUCAUAGAUAUUUUUCGAGAAAUAAAUUAUUUCGUUACUAUAUACGAUUAAAAAAAAAAAAAAUAAAAGAACGAAAAGUUACAU